CCACACAGCGGGGUGAGUCGGGGUGGACGUUGUUGGUCAGUCUGCUGUACUCGCCGUCAAACUAUAGAAACGGCUACCGUAGACCUCGGACUGCAACGAGCCGAGAGACCAGUGUACAACUAUACGCACGAUGGUCGGGCUCUCUGCGAAGGUGUUGCCCCUGCUAGUGGUCGUUGCGGCAGCCAUGGCCAGCACCGGGUCCGCGGCGGAUUCGGUGGCCUUCAAGGAUUGCGGACACGGAAAUGUGAGGAGAGUGAAGAUACUAGGCUGCAAGAAACAACCCUGCCACGUCAAGAUUGGCUCCAGAGUGACGUUCGAGGCUUCGUUCAUCGCACCGUUCACGACCUCUUCGGCGGUCAACGACAUCGGCGCGUACAUCGAGCGGCACAGAUUUCAGCUCCCAGAGCCGCACGUCGACGCCUGCGCCAGCGGCCACAUCAGCCCUUCGUGUCCCAUGCGUAAGGGCCAAGUGUACUCCUACCGCUACACGUUGCCUGUCCGGGAGAUAUAUCCUGCGACGCCGGCAACUAUUGAGUACAAGCUGGUCACCCAAGAAGGUAAAGUUAUAGGGUGCAGCCAAGUUCCAGUCGUGAUCUUCAGAUGAUUUGGAGCGGUCUCGUCAACUCAUCAGCACAGUCAAGAUUACGUAAUUAUUGUAGUCUUGGGUUGAAUAAAUCUCGAGUUUACGCCCGAGAA